AUGACGAACCUAUUAGCUUCUGUAUUUAUAUUGACCGUGUUGUUUUGUAAUGUGUUGGACGCGAAGAAAUUGAAACUAAAACAGGUUUUGAUAUUUAGUAGACACAAUGUGCGGUAUCCAGUUGCGGAACAUCUGGAUCGAUAUACACAGAAGCCAUGGCCUGAAUUGCCUGGGGAAAAAGGAGCGCUGACGCCUAAGGGAGCACGUUUAGAAGGAUACAUGGGCGAAUAUUUCUCAGAGUGGUUCAACAAAAACGAGUUUUUAAAUGUAGGAUGCCCUAGUGAUGACGAAGUUUAUGUGUUUACGAAUAGUGUAAGUAGGACUAAGGCAACAGCGCGAGCCUUCCUCGACUCUGCGUUUAAAGAUUGCUCCGUGCCUGUGCAUCAUAAAGACAUCGAAGGACCAGAUCCUCUAUUUGCGCCAGCAAUACGCAACACGACGCAAGCUUACAAAGACAUGGUCAUAGAAGAAAUCAAUAGGAAAAUGUCAAAUAAUCAGAAACUCAAGGAAAUGUAUUUGGAAUUGAACAAAAUAUUGGAUGUGAAAGAGUCAGCCGUUUGCAAAGAGGACGAUAUUUGUGAUUUGACGGAAUCAAAGCACACGAUUUUGUACGAUGUUGGUAAAGAAAUGUGGGUUCAAGGGCCACUUAUGAUAGCCAAUUCAGUUAUGGAUUUCUUUGUUAUGACUUACUACGAUGGUUUUCCCAUUAAAGACAUUGCAUGGGGAUAUAUAAGAAGUAAAGAAAAAUGGAGAAUUCUGACGGAGAUAGGACGACAGGACCAUAAUAUAAGGUACACAACAGUAGCUGAAGAUAUCGGAGAACAACUAAUGAAUUACUUAAGGGAAACAUUUCAGAAUUAUGACAAUAUGCCGAAGUUAAUUUUGUUAGUCGGUCACGAUUAUAAUUUGAACGCUAUAACAACAAAUAUGGGAUUUGAACCGACGGAUUUGCCAAAGCAGUUUGAGAAGUAUCCAAUAGGUGGGAAGCUAGUGUUUCAGAGAUGGACAGAUGGUGAAAAUGACUUUUUAAAGGUGGAAUAUGUGUAUCCGAGUUGGUCUCAGUUGCGUCAUGGAAAAAAGUAUUCAUCAAAUAAUCGUCCGCAGAGUGUCGUCAUGAAGUUGAGCUGGUGUUCAGACAAAUGCGGGUUUUGUCCGUGGACUGAGUUUGUUAGCAAAGUGUAGACCG